AUGAGCAAGCCAGAUUGGGCAGUGACAUCGAACGCCAUCUUGACAACGUCCACAGACCAUCCCAAAUACGACAUCAUUGUCAACAACAUCACCGAGCUUGCGCGCCAAACACAGAAGACGCCCGCGAGCAUGAUGGCUCUCCUUGACCGCCUCAUUGUUGAACGGACCGAAUAUUCAUACUGGAUGUCCCGAAAGUCAACGGACGAUCUCUCCAAGUUCUCCAACGAAAGUCAUGUAUACUACAUCGAGGUCCUGAAAGAAGUAAAGGUCAUCUUGGCUGAGCACAUUGAGCCCCAAACCACGACAUCAUGCCAGGCGGAAUCACUGACCCUAUCCGAGACCACCAAUAUACCCACGCAAACACCAAAUCCGACACUCGGCAAGCGCAAGGUCUCAUCUACCAGUCAUCAGAAUCCGGACCGAAGGAAGGCGAUGAAGACGGAAUCCACGACAUCCAGUCCAAAGCACGUCUUGCAAAAGGAAGCCAAGCACCUGACGACGACCCAAAGGCAACAAGAAAAGGAGUGGAGACACGUUGUAGCGAAUAGCUGCAACAAGAUGGCGGAGAAGGACUGUGCUCCGGUAGCCAAGCCUAUGAGCUACGCAGCCGCCUUGCGUGUCGCAGUUGCCGUAUAG